CCUCGGAGAAGAGGUGCGUCCAGAUGCCAGAGAGGCACAGCUGUGGAGCGCGCGCAGGACGGGGAUAUAAGAGUCACGCGCUCCGGGGGAACUCUAGAGGACUCGGCACGAGCGCGUUCACAGCUUGUUGAUGUGAUGCAGGGCGUCUGAAAAGCAGCAUGAUCUCUCCUGUCAACAGGUGAGAAGACCCGCUGCUCAGAGGACGAAUAUCAGAUCUGCGGGAUUCUACAGCUGUUCAGUCUGUGGGGACUAUAUGAGGACUAGACUGAACUGAGUCGGGCUCCUGAGGGCCGGAGCGGAUCAUGAGCUGGGGCCACACUCUGCUCAAACACUUCUCCAUUCAGCAUCUGCUCUCACUUCUGUGGUGAUAUGAGGAGGAGGAUGGCCUCGGAGUUGGUGUGUGGACUCAUCUUCAGACUGCUCCUGCCAGUGUGUCUGGCCGCAGCAUGUUUGUUCCGCUACAAUUGGCUGUCCUUCGUCUACCUCAUCUUCCUCUUACUCAUCCCACUCUUCGCCGAGCCGACAAACACAACAAUGCAAGGGCACACAGGGCGCUUGCUGAAAUCCCUGUGCUUCACCAGUAUGACGUUCCUGCUGCUGCACAUCAUCUACCAAAUCACAAUCAACAGUCUGUUAGCAGGAGACAACAUCGAGCCCAACUUCAACUGUUCAUCAUGGGAGAGAUCAAUACGACAGCUGGGCUUUGAAAGUGUCCGAGGUGCAGACGCCGGGAAUGGCAUCCGAGUGUUCAUCCCGGACAUCGGCAUGUUUGUGGUGGGUCUGGUGACGUGGCUCCUGUGUCGCAGUCUGGAGAAUGUGUCUCAGCUCAACAGCGACUUGGAGGCAGACAAUCAGGAAAAGGAGGACGAGGAAGAAAACAAGAAAAGUGAGAAACUGGAGCUUGAGGAUGAGCUGCUGUUCGAAGACUUCGAGCUGGGCGAUGAAGACUGUGAGUUUCCUGUGGAGGAGGAAGUGGACGUAGAGGAUGGAGAACUUGAGGAGGCAGACGUCGAAGAAAGUACCAAAAUGAAGAUCCUGCGGCAAAUAGCAGACGUGGCGUCCAAACUCAAAGAAAUCAUUGGCAAUCUGAUUACCACAGCAGGAAAAGUAGUCGUAACCAUAUUAUUGGGCCUCACAGGUAUGAUGCUGCCGUCUCUGACCUCCACUGUGUACUUCUUCACCUUCCUGGGCCUGUGCACCUGGUGGUCUUUCUGCCGCAGGUUCGACCCGCUCCUCUUCAGCUGUCUGUGUGUCCUGAUGGCCAUCUUCAGCGCCGGACACCUCAUCAUGCUCUAUCUCUACCAGUUCCAGUUCUUCCAGGAGGCCGUUCCUCCUGGAAACAGUUAUGCCAGUCUGUUUGGCAUCUCUCCCGUGGUUCAGACGGACUGCUCGCACACCUGGAUGUUCAGAGUCAACCCUGAUCUGGAGUGGCAUCACUUUGUCAAUCCCAUCAUGCUCUUGGUUCUGUAUUACACUCUGGCCACGCUCAUCCGCCUUUGGCUGCAGGAGUCAGAAGACACGCAGGUCCAAGAGAAGCAGGGAGAGACUGAUGGACGAGAGGAACCAGAAUCUCCUGUUGUUUACAGCGCAGAGAAGAAGAGGCAGCUGUGGCGAAUGGCUCAUUAUCGCACAGAUGAGAGACAUCUGCUCACCACACGAGACGGCCGCAGCACCCCCGAGGUGCUGAUCGUGACAUCGAACGGAGCCUCGCUGGACUUCACGUCAGUAUCUCACGAGAACGGCCCGAGGUCUGUGGAGCUCUACUCAACCCCUCAUUACAGAGCGGCCCGAGCCCAGUCUGGAGACCAGAAAGUGGACUGCGGUGUUUACGAGAUUGACUCGGUGUAUGUCGAACUUCCCGAGGUUCAGCCGUUCGGUGUUGUUCGUGUGAACGGAGCGGUCAAGGCCUUCAGGUUCAUCAUGAAGCAGAGCUACAUCUGUGCUCUCAUCGCCAUGAUGGCUUGGAGCAUCACGUACGUGAGCUGGCUGACCUUCGUCUUCCUCAUCUGGUCCUGUGUUCUGUGGAUGGUGAGGGACCGGAGGAAAUACUCCAUGAUCACCUCUCCGUUCAUGGUGUUUUAUGGGAACCUGCUCAUCAUCCUGCAGUACAUCUGGAGCUUCGAGUCGUUGCAGCCAGUUCCUGGACUCUUCCUGAAGAAAGAGGUGCCUUUCCGGGAACUGGGAUCGAAAACCUUGUGCCUCCUCAGUUUCUGGCUGCUGGUGAGGCAGUUUCUGACGGAGAGGAGAGAGAGACAGACGGACGAAACACAGCUGUCUGACGUCAAAGUCGAGGGACACACAAUCGAGGGUCUGGAGGACGAGUCCGGUGGACACAGAGAGAUGAUGGAUGUUUUGGGCCGUACUGUCAUGGCUAUGCUCAACAAAUACUGGAUCUACAUCUGUGGAGGAAUGUUCUUCUUCGUCAGCUUUGAGGGACGCAUCGUCAUGUACAAGAUCAUUUACAUGAUGAUGUUUCUCUUUUGCGUGGCACUUUAUCAGCUGCACUAUGAGAAGUGGCGCUGGAUGCUGAAGUAUUUCUGGAUGUCAGUGGUGGUUUACACCAUGCUGGUGCUCAUCCUGGUCUACACCUUCCAGUUUGACUCCUCCAUAAACGUCUGGUCCAACAUGACAGGCAUGAGCAGAGAGAAGCUGGAAGAUCUGGGUCUGGAGAAGUUCUCUGUUCCUGCUCUGUUCACGCGGAUCUUCAUUCCCACCUCGUUCCUGCUGGUCUGCAUCCUGCAUCUGCACUACUUCCACGAGCGCUUCCUGGAGCUCACCGACAUCAAAUCUGUGGCAGACAAACAGAAGAGCACUAUCUCCAGGCUCGUUCAUCUGGAUGGCAGUCUGGUGGACAUUUCCAUGGUCAAACCUUCGUUCGACUCCAUAAACGAGGAGGAGCCUGAGGAGAGAGUAGAUCUGGAGGAGGAGGAGGAGGAGGAGGAAGAGGAGAUGUCUGAGCCACACUUCAGCUGCUCGGUGACAGCAGAUCCGGAGCAGGCCCAGGGUUCAGAGCUGAAGAGUAAGUGGCAUCUGGUGCUGGAGCGUCUGACCGUGCUGUUCCUCAAGCUCCUGGAGGGUGUUCAGAAGCUGCAGCUCUUCAUCUGGUGGCUGCUGGAGCUCCACAUCAUCAAGAUCGUCUCGUCCUACAUCAUCUGGGUCUCAGUCAGAGAGGUGUCUCUGUUUAACUAUGUGUUCCUGGUGAGCUGGGCCUUCGCUCUGCCCUUCAGUCAGUUCAGACCUCUGGCGUCCAGCGUCUGCACCGUCUGGACCUGCGUCAUCAUCGUCUGUAAGAUGCUGUACCAGCUGACCUCCAUCAACCCGUCCUUGUACUCCAGGAACUGCAGUAUGCCGGAGAACUACACAGAUGCUCAGCGCUCAGACAUGGCCAGAUCUCUGCUCUACAGCGGCCCGGUGGAUCCGGCGAACUGGAUCGGCCUCAGGAAGUUCUCCCCGCUGCUGGAGAAUCUCAGGAAUAACCUACUGAUGCUGGCUCUCUUGGCGUUUGAGGUGACCAUUUACCGUCACCAGGAUUUCUACCGGAUGAAAAACAACCUCACUCCUCCGGUCACAAGAACCAUCUUUCACAACAUCACACGCCAACAUCUGGACGACGGCAUCCUCAACUGUGCCAAAUAUUUCAUCAACUACUUCUUUUACAAAUUUGGUCUUGAGACCUGUUUUCUGUUAGCGGUGAAUGUGAUUGGCCAGCGGAUGGAUUUCUAUGCCAUGCUGCACGCGUUCGGUCUGAUAGCGGUGAUGUAUCAGCGGAGGAGAAAAGACAUUGCCUGCGUCUGGUCCAAGUAUUGCUGCUUCCUGGCCUGCAUGUUAGCCUUCCAGUACCUGAUGUGCAUCGGCAUCCCGCCUGCGGCCUGUACAGACUAUCCGUGGAGACGGCCGUCUUCCAACAUGGACUCAAACGUCAUCAAGUGGCUUUACUUCCCCGACUUCCACACCAAACCCAACUCCCUCUUCCUCCUCUAUGACUUCAUGUUGCUGCUGUGUGCGUCGAUUCAGGGCCGUGUGUUUGAGGAGGAGAGCGUGACGGCCGUGCAGCUGUUGGCGGGUGAUAAUGUGGAGAUCUGUCGAGACCUGGACGCUGCCAGCUUCAGCCAGCACAACCCUGUGCCCGACUUUAUCCACUGCAGGUCGUAUCUGGAUAUGCUGAAGGUGAUCAUGUUCAGCUACAUGUUCUGGUUCGUCCUCACCAUCAUCUUCAUCACGGGCACCACACGCAUCAGCAUCUUCUGUAUGGGAUACCUGGUCGCCUGCUUCUACUUUUUGAUCUUUGGGGGCGAGCUGUUACUGAAGCCAAUCAAAAGCAUCCUUCAUUACUGGGACUUCCUCAUAGCAUACAACGUCUUCGUAAUCACCAUGAAAAACAUUCUCUCAAUUGCGGCGUGUGGAUAUAUUAAAGCGCUGGUGGCCAAUCACUGCUGGCUGAUCCAGUUAUUCAGUCUGGCCUGCACUAUUCAAGGAUAUUCAAAGCCGGAGCAGAACGCAAAUAAACAGUGUGAGCUGCCGAGUGACGAGGCCGGGAUCAUCUGGGACAGCAUCUGCUUCGCCUUUCUGCUGCUGCAGAGGAGGGUCUUCAUGAGCUACUACUUCCUGCACGUCGUAGCUGACAUCCGUUCCUCUCAGGUCCUCGCCUCCAGAGGAGCGGAGUUGUUUCAGGCGACCAUUGUGAAGGUGGUUAAAGCCAGAAUAGAAGAAGAGAAGAAGUCCAUGGAUCUGCUGAAGAGACAGAUGGACCGCAUCAAAAGCCGACAGCAGAAGUUUAAGAGAGGUAAAGAGAGGAUGCUGUCUCUGGUGCAGGAAAGUGGGGAGAGUCACUCACUAGUCAAGGAGGAAGAGGACGACGAUGAAGGAGAGAACAGCAAGGAGAAGAAGAAAGACAGAAGGAAGCAGUGGUGGAAGCCUUGGGUUGACCAUGCAUCCAUGGUCCGAAGUGGCAAUUAUUACUUAUUCGAGACAGAUAGUGAGGAAGAGGAGGAAGACGAGGACAAAAACGAUCAGGAACCUCCCAAAAGAUCAGCAUUCCAGAGAGCUAUCCGAAAAUUUGCCUCUGCUUUGCUGGCUUUACCAAAGUCUGUCAUUAAACUGCCCAAAACUGUUCUGCAGUAUGUAAUCAGGGCAGCCAAGUUUGUGUAUCAUGCCUGGAUAACUGACUCGAAAACUGCCAUGAAAGAGCAAAGUAAGGAAAGACGGCGAUUCUGGCAAAGGUACACGGAGGGCAGAACAAGCAAGAAGAACCAAAAGGAAGUGCAAGUGGCCAUUGAGGAAGAAGAUCAGGAUGAAGCUGUUACAGAGGAGGAGGUAUCAGAAGGACCAGAUAACAUCCUGAAGCGAGUGUUUAACAUUGUGAAGUUCUCCUGGGUGCUCUUCCUGGCACUGCUGGACAGUUUCACCACCUGGCUUAACUCCAUCUGCCAGGAACACAUCGAUAUCUCCACCGUCCUGCGCAUUGAACGCUGCAUGCUCACUCAUGAGGUCAAAAAGGGGAAUAUUCCAUCGCGGGACAGCAUCCACACGUACUACCAGAGACAGAUGUGCAGGCCAGCGUCCACCCAGUCCAGCCAGGAUAGGACUGAGGACAUGUACUCGGACUUCAGCCCCCUGCGGAGCCAGGCUUACGAGUCCGAUCUCUCCAGAGAAAACCUGUCCAGUGUGUACACAGAAUCCACUGUGCCGUUUGAGUCUGAGGAAACCAGUGAGCAUGUUCUCAAAACCAGCCAGCGAUCUCGACCCAGACUGUGCCGUCUGUCCGGUGUAGACCUGCAGUCGUCGUCUGCAGACAGUGCAGCCAGUGACCGCACACAGUGCACUGAGCUGUACUCACGACAGGGCACCAGUGACACCGUCGAGGAGGCUGUGAGAGAGCAUCCACACGAACUCUGGACGCAGGGCGCAGCAGACAUCCCUCCGUCCUACAGUAAAGCCACGGGCCUGGACUCAGUGUGUGACACAGAGGGAAGGAGGCUGAGGAUCCAAACACCGGAUGAGAAGAGCGCUGAUGUUCUGCUCUCAAACAGCCAGCAGCUGACGGCCAGUGAACUGCUGCGGAGCAGGAUGUUUUAUGACGAGGAGCUGGAGGCGUCGGAGCUCUUCUAUCGCUCUCAGCCACAGUUCCUGCAGCUCUGCUAUGCUCUCUACAACAUGCUGGUGGCUCACUCUGAGAUGGUGUGUUAUCUGGUCAUCAUCCUCAACCACAUGAUCUCGGCAUCGGUGGCCACGCUGGUGCUGCCCAUCCUCAUCUUCCUCUGGGCCAUGCUGUCUGUUCCCCGGCCCAGCAAACGCUUCUGGAUGACCGCUAUCGUCUACACAGAGGUCACCAUAGUCAUCAAGUACUUCUUCCAGUUUGGUUUCUUUCCGUUUAACCAGACCAUAGGGAUGGAAAAAUCCAAACCCUUCCACCCGCCCAACAUCAUCGGUGUGGAGAAGAAAGAGGGCUACGUCCACUACGACCUGAUCCAGCUACUGGCGCUCUUCUUCCACCGCUCCAUCCUGAAGUGCUACGGUCUGUGGGAUGAAGAUGAGCCCAGGUCAGGAGGUCAGACUGCCAGCUCUCAGCGCACUGAUUCAGACAGUGAAGAGAAAGAGGCCUUACCCGUCUCCAGAAAACCCCUCCACAGCAAGACCCCGGUGCCACGGCAGACUUCCAGCGUCUCGCAGCGCUCGGCCCGCUCUAGAGCAGGCCGCAGCGGCUCCGGGACGAGUCUGCGUUCACUGAGCGCUCAACAGAAGAGCCGCAAGCAGCUGGUUUUGGACAAGCUCAGAGAACAGCUGAUCAAAGCAAAGCGCUUCACUGUCAAGACGAUCCUGGACAUCUAUCUUCCCAUCCGGCAGUUCUUCUUUAACCUGAUCCACCCGGAGUACAGCGCCGUGACCGACGUCUACGUGCUCAUGUUUCUGGCCGACACCGUCGACUUCAUCAUCAUCGUCUUCGGAUUUUGGGCUUUCGGGAAGCACUCUGCUGCGGCUGACAUCACUUCCUCCCUGUCGGAGGACCAGGUUCCCGAGGCCUUCCUGGUGAUGGUGCUGAUCCAGUUUGGGACGAUGGUGGUGGACCGUGCGCUGUACCUGAGGAAGACCGUGAUGGGGAAGGUCAUCUUCCAGGUCAUCCUGGUCUUCGGCAUUCACUUCUGGAUGUUCUUCAUCCUCCCAGGAGUCACCGAGAGGCGUUUCAGUCAGAACAAAGUUGCCCAGCUCUGGUACUUCGUGAAGUGCAUCUACUUCGGUCUGUCGGCGUAUCAGAUCCGCUGCGGUUACCCCACACGCGUGCUGGGCAACUUCCUGACCAAGAGCUACAACUACCUCAAUCUCUUCCUCUUCCAAGGGUUUCGGUUGGUGCCGUUCCUCACGGAGCUGCGGGCGGUGAUGGACUGGGUUUGGACCGACACCACGCUCAGUCUGUCCAGCUGGAUCUGUGUGGAGGACAUCUACGCUCACAUCUUCGUGCUCAAGUGCUGGAGGGAGUCGGAGAAAAGGUAUCCUCAGCCUCGAGGACAGAAGAAGAAGAAGGUGGUGAAGUACGGGAUGGGGGGGAUGAUCGUGAUGCUGCUCAUCUGCAUCGUCUGGUUUCCUCUGCUCUUCAUGUCUCUGGUCAAAUCUGUGGCUGGAGUGGUCAACAAACCGCUGGACGUGUCUGUCACCAUCACGCUGGGCGGCUUUCAGCCCAUCUUCACUAUGAGUGCGCAGCAGAAUCAGCUGAAGGACAUCACUGACAGAGAUUUCAUCAGCUUCAUGAAUUCAUACAGACACAAUUCUAGUGCACUGCAGUUCUUGGAGGCGUAUACGGCGGAGGACGUGACUGUGGCAGAGCUGGAAGGAAGCUCCAACUCUCUCUGGACCAUCAGCCCCCCCAGCAGGAAGAACCUGAUGGACGUCCUGAGCAAAGAGGACCAGUUUCCUGUCACCAUGUCCUGGAGCAUCCAGAGGAAUCUCAGUUUGGGAGCAAAGGUUGAGUUUGCAAUGGACAAACACAUCACAUAUCUGGACAUGAACACUAGACAGGAGCUGGUAGCGUUACUAAAUGGAACCAGGAAUAAACCUGUGGUCAUAGAGAAAGUGUUUCCCUGCUUUGUUCGAGCACCGAGUGACUCAAACGCCAAACCAGUGGAUCAGCUUUAUACAGAUGAGGGUUAUAAGAGCAUCCAGCUGGACUUGGAGAGGUCUCACACCAGCAGUGAGGACAUUCAGGAGUGGUGGAUCGUGGACCAGCCGUCGGCAGCGAAGAUCCAGAUGAGAUCCGAGUCCAAGCUGGAGAAGAAGAGAGGAGCAGGACUGCAGCUGUACGUCUUCAGUGAUAAAGUCAGUCCUCCCAGCCUGGGCUUCCUGGCAGGAUAUGGUAUCAUGGGCCUCUACGCAUCCGUGGUGCUGGUGAUCGGGAAGUUCGUCCGCGAGUUCUUCAGCGGCAUCUCGCACGCCAUCAUGUUCGAAGAGCUUCCAUGCGUCGACCGCAUCCUCAAACUCUGCACAGACAUCUUCCUGGUGCGAGAAACCGGCGAGCUGGAGCUGGAGGAGGACCUGUACGCCAAACUCAUCUUCCUUUACCGCUCGCCGGAGACCAUGAUCAAGUGGACGAGGGAGAAGACCAAAUGAGCCUGCUGGGAUUGACUAAAAACCCAACGAUCCCAAAGAAGGAUGCUGCUUCUCACAGGAAGGCUGUAUUAAAGACUGCGAGGUUCAGCUGCCUACUACGAGACCUACAGGUGAAACCGCUGUACCAAAGCGUCCUGACCGAGAAGCGAGGCUUUAAUGAGCUGUAGCGCCACCUGUCUGUCGGGAGAUUCGUUAAUCACGCACUGUGCAAUAUACUGUCCUGGAAGCUGUCCGUAAACUUGAACAGAGAAAGGAGACAGUGACUGAAGACUAGCCACUUUUUUUUAUCUGAGAAAACUGGCCCCAGAAGUGCUUGGCUUCGUGAGACGACAUAACAUUGAAAUACUGAUCUCUCCUAGCUUGAUUUUAAGGCUUGAACGGAGGACUGAAGGGUUCUCGGGAGGAGUAUACGCUCAUCAGGACUCGUCGGGGUGAUUGUGGACCAAUAUCACUAGCAUAACGCACAUUCUGGAAACCAAAUGUUGUCUUAUUUGUCUGUCUACCUGUUGCACUUUUUAGUUUUUGUUUAAACAUAUAUUUAAAUGACUAUUUUUUAUGCAUAAUUCUGCAGAAACUCAGACGUCACUGUAAAAGGCAUUUGAAAUCACAGAUUCUCUUUAUUCAGUGAUAUUCUGAAACCAAGCAAAUCAACAAUUAACAGAAAUUGUUUCCUUGCAAUUUCAAAGCACACCUUCUCAUUAAAAACAAAAAAACAAA